UUUUCAGAUACACCACCACUUUGCCCAAAUGAAGCCUGCCGUUUACCGUAUCGUUGUGAAACCGUGCUCUCAUUGCGAGCACUGUUUCCAGAACGAGCCGCGUAUUUCAGCCGUUUCGAUCUGGAAUCGCAUUAUUCCAUGGAGGCAUUGAAGGAUGAAUCGAUUACGCCCAUAUCGAUCCAAAGAAAUGCUAAGCUACAGAAAAUCGAAUUAAAGCAUUUAAGUACCCUUGCCCUGUUGAAGGUUUGUUUCUGCGAAGACGAAGAAAACCAGUCACCUGUUGAAUUUGAGAAAGGCGGUCCUCUAGGUGAUCUGAUUCGUGAAAUCCGACGCGUCCUAAAGAUAAUGAACACCGAUAAGGUUUAUGGAUAUUUCCGACGUGAUGCGGACGACGAAAAGCAGCUCGACAUCAGCCCAAAGCUGAUUCAAACACCGGUUGACAAAAUCGGGAUCACAAAGGACACACUUAUUCUUGUGGACAUUACCGGUAUUGUGAACAGCAAGCUAAGCGCUAAGAAAAGUAGUUCGAUUCCAGGAGUUCCAAAGAAACAGUGA